AUGGCGGAGGUCUUUGGCAUUGUGGCAGGAGGUGCAGGUCUUGCGUCCCUCGCAAUCCAAAUUCUUGAUGAUUCACAGAGAAUCAGAGAACUGUGCGCUGCAAUCCGCGAUGCACCCACCGAGUUCAAAUCACUCUCAGACGAGAUUCAGCUUUUUGGUGCGCUCUUGUCCUUGAUCGCCGAGAAUCAUCCUCGGCGAGAGCCCUUGAAUAAGGCUACUUCGGUCCAAGACCAAGUCAUUCGACAAUGCCAGAGUCUUCACGACGAAUUGGGCCCGAUUCUCGCAAGGCUGUCCAGCUCCUUGGCUGGCCGAAAGAGGGUCGUAUCAUGGAUAUCAGUGAAAUCUAUAUUGGAGAGGAAGAAGAUCGAUCAGCUUCUAGUGAAGCUCGAACGAGCCAAGGCUAAUUUAAUGCUUGCUCAAAUGCUUGCUUCACCAAACAAUCUAGCGUCUCAACAGAUUUCUGUCCAGACAGAGAUAGUCCCUGCACCCUCGGAAAAGCCACCUUCAUCUUACACCAACAAAGCUACUAGAGGCCGAUCAAUCGUCACAAGCUCGUCACAUUAUCUCGGUUUGGGGACACUCACUCUCGGACGCCUCUAUUCUCGUUCGGCUGAGGAAGGGGAUACUGCAGCCGCACGAUUCACAUUUGCAUCAUGGUUUCUAGACUGGGCCAUUACUAUCACAUCGAGGAAGUACAAUGGUAUUCUCAACAUCUCUCUCCAGCCUCAGUGCUUAGUCAAAGCCGAUGCCCCUAUCUUUCUAGCCUGUGCCAUUGGAGACCAUAAAGCCGUUGCUGAUCUGAUCGCCACUGGAAAGGCUUCACCAUUCGAUACCACUUUCAAUGGCAUGACACCUUUGGCAGUGGCAGCAGCAUGGCUCCGCCCUGAGAUCUGCAAGCACUUGAUCGACCUCGGAGCUGAUGCAUCGGCUAUUAUGAAAUACCGCAAUCCCUAUACCGGAGAAGGUAUGGAGUUAACCCCCUUCGCGUAUGCCUGUGGCCGAUGGAGUCCUGAGACCUGGAUGCCAACCAUCAGCGAUGUUUGGCCUGAGUGGAAAGCCUCUUACUACCAGAGGGGUGACCGUAAGCUAGACACUUUACGCCUGCUGGUGGAAAGUGGCAAAGUGGUAAUCGAACAAACGCUGCAGUCGAGCUCAUUUCCACAACCCCUCAUAGCCGUGAGUAACUAUCAAGGUUCGCUUGACACCCUUCUCUGGCUUAUCGCGGAGGAAAGGAUAGCUCUCGUUGGGAAUGAUCUGCAAAACUUCUAUGUACAACUUGCAAGGUCAUGGGCCAGUCUCAGUUGGGGCUCGAUUGAGUUAGUCUCAGCGGCGAUGAACAAAGUGCAGGACACCACGAGCUUCACUACGGACCCUGUAGCUGGAACUGAUAUACUAUUUGGUCUAGUCCUAAUACUUAUGUGGGACGCAUUGGACUCUAGGCAGGUCGCUGACGUUUAUCGCAGCCUUCAAAUCCUUUUGGACGCAGGUGUGGACAUCCACGGUAGGACUCAUAAGCGCAGCCCACUUGGAGAGUGCUCAUUUCAUUCCGUUGAUGGUUAUAUCUGGAGACACGAAGAAUUAAACAGUCUUGAUCGGCAUGGGCGGUUCUUUCGGGCUGUUGCGACAUCGUGCAACCGACGCUUGAAAAUCUGGGCCAAUUUCUUAAAACAGAGUCAAGAGGAUCUGUAUGACUAUCUGAGAAUUGAAAAGCAGGACGGCAUUGAGGAGUGGUCUGAGUGCAGGAACGAAGAAGCGGGAGAUAGCUUUCACCAGUACCUCAAAAACCUACGGAUCAUGUCUCGAAUCUGCAUCGGAGUCGUCACCAACAGCGAUGGGGAAGAAGUCCUGGACUUCCGUAUUGAGUUUGCCACGAAAAAGAAGGAUUUCAUUGUGCCAGGACAGUGGGACGACGAAGACUCAGAGGAAUCUAUGUCCGUCUCUGGAGAAGAGGAUGAGGAUGGUUGGAUAUAUCACUAUGCUUAUAGCGAUGAUGAAGCGUCAGACGAUGACGACGAAAGCGACUUGGAUGAAGAAUUCAACAACGAGGAUGGCGACAACGACGACUACGAUGAUGAUGAUCACGAACCAGAUCAAGAAGUCCAGCGACAGACAGAAUUGUCAAAGCGACUUGAUGACCGAGAGCAGGAAGAUGAUGGUCAGAAAGACACAACCCCUCUUCCUUCCGACCACGCACAGCGAGCAUGA